GUCAGCCUCAGCAGUCUCCACACCGGAGCUAGACACUGGUGAAGCGCCGAUCCAUACAUGCACAUGGGUGUCGGGUUCUUGAGAACGCUUAAAAAUUCGAGUGUGUGAGUUUAUUUGCAUGAGAAUGUUUGUGUGAGCAUUUCUGGAGCAUCUUUUUGUAUGGAGGAGCAUGUGUGUAGAGUGAGAGACAGCGUGAGGAUGCGUGGUGGGCAGGUGUUGUGAUCAGUGGAGUUUUUGGUAUACUAUCGUCGUGCUGUCUGCCUCCCCCUCCCUCUCAUUUGGUUAUCUUUUGAGGGCAAAAAGCAUCCUGCUGGGAUGUCCACCUCGCCUGGUGGAACAGACGGGAGCCAAAGGAACUCUCUGGAGCUAGACGCGGAGCAUGCACAGAGAGUCCCUGGGGCAGAACAGGGAGGGGUCCCACCCCCGCAGGUCAAGCUGAAAGAGAGGCAGAAGUUCUUUGAGGAGGCCUUCCAGCAAGACAUGGAGCAGUACCUGUCUACUGGCUAUCUGCAGAUCGCUGAGAGGAGAGGGCCAAUAGGAAGCAUGUCGUCCAUGGAGGUGAACGUGGACAUGCUGGAGCAGAUGGAUCUGAUGGACAUGUCUGACCACGAAGCCCUGGAUGUGUUUCUGCACUCUGGGGGAGAGGACAACAGUGCUGCCUCGCCUGGCACAGGUCCAGAUGUCGAGUCCUUCACCACAGAGAUCAGUCUCCAGGUUCCCACCAAGGCUGAGCUACGCCACAAGCUUUCUUCCCUUUCAUCCACCUGCACCGACUCAGCCAGCCAGGACACAGAGGCUGGGGAGGAGGAUGAAGACGAGGAGGAGGAGGAGCCUGAGCAAAGAGGAGGCGUCGGAGGAUCAGGGGGAGGAGGAAGGAGGAGAAUGGCCCCCGUGGUGGUGACACUGGAUGAAGAGGAGGUGCACCCCGAUACAGCGUUGGUGGACCAAGAGGACCAGACCAGCAAAGACUGUGACGAGGGCAGGCCGAAGGUUUGAGGAGAGAUGGACUGGAUUUAAACACAAACACACAGAGCUGAGAAAUCAAACUCGGAUAUAUAACAAUAUUGGCUUCCUUCUCAAAUUCCUUUCAUACUGAAGAAAAAACAUAUGAAAGAAAAUACACUGAGGUUGCACUAACUGCCACAUGUCCUUGCCUUAAAAGAGCACUGAUGUGAGUUUUCAAUUCUAAUUAAAUCCUGUAAAAUCAGUUUGAGUUACCUUUAGCAUAAUAGCAUUGAAUGACAGAGAAGUAUACACUAAAGUAAUAUGUGUGUCCCUUUUGCAGUUCUUUGUUCUUGUGCUCCAUGCUAACACUUAAGCAUUCAUUAUGCUGACAGACUGCAGCUGUUGAGCAUUAAUAUAUAUGUUGGAGAUUGGUGAAACUUUUUCAGAAUAUAAUUAUAUUUGUACCAAAUACUUGCCAAAAGUAAAAGGCUAUCACCAGAUCUGUCAGGUUUAUGACAUUUUAUUUUUAAAACUUACUGCAGUUUUUAAUUACUAAAAGUUUAGACUGUAUGUUGUCAUGCAAAAAAUGGAGGGGGGGUGAAUUUACCCUAUUAAUAUAGCAAAUGCUAAAUAAUUAGCACAGAGCACUUGACAAAUGGUCUGCAGCGGGCACAUGGAUGAAAUUUUCAUGACUUUAUGGAUAAGCUGAACCCCCAAAGCUUGUUGUAUUUCUUUAACUGGUUCAUAAGCUAGAUUCUGCAAUAUUUUAAAAGUAAACUACUAAUUAGAUAAUACUUUUGUGCAAUUGGCUUUGAUAAACAUGGCAUAAAAACUGGCAGUGGGUUAUAUUGCAUAGUAGCUGACAGACUGGUGGAGUUCAGGUACCAGGAUAUCAAUGAUUUAAAACACACACACACACACUCAGGAGAGUUACCCAUUGCCAUUCCUUUAACAAAGAAUAUUUGGGUGAACUUCUCCUUUUGAACGAGGACCAAAUCCCUAUUUGGACUGUGUGCUAUGCACUGGACAACACCCAGAAGGUUUAACUAUAUCUGUACCCAGAUUUUUGCACAGAAAUGUUGACAUUUGUGCGAUGUGACAGCAUUACUCGUUCCUUUCUUUUCCCCUGCCUACAAUUUCUGACUUGUUGGUAAUAAAUGUUUCCCCCCUA